GAUUUUUUUCCUAUUUUCAUGCUUUUCCCCACCGCCGUGCUAAAUUUUGGGGGAUGUCACCGUGGAGCGGUUGGUUGGUCUUGGGGCUGUUUCUGCAAGAUUGGGGCCUGGCCUACCCUUCAGAGCUGGCGUUCCUCUUGGAGCCCAGCGACGUGAUCGCCAUCCGAGAUCGCCCGCUCCUCUUGCACUGCCAAGUGGAAGGUGAGGCGCCCAUCGCCAUCACCUGGUACCGGAACGGGGCAGCCCUCUCCAACGACAGCCAUGCCGCCAUCUUGUCCAACGGCUCCCUGCGGCUGGAAAGCGUUCACCGGCGGCCCCGGGGAGGCGGAGCGGCGGACGCCAAUGCCACGAGCGACUCCAGCGCCGGAGAGUACAGCUGCACUGCCCAGAACCGCUACGGCCUGCUGGUCAGCCGCAAGGCCCGAGUGCAAAUUGCGACUCUGUCCAAAUUCCACAUGCACCCGGAAUCCAUGGCUGUAGAAGAGGGAGGUGUCGCCCGGUUCCAGUGCUUCAUCCAGGGUGUCCCUGAAGCCACGAUAACCUGGGAGCGCAACCGCACAGCCCUGCUGACGGAUGACUACCGGUACACGCUGCUCCCCACCGGGAUCCUUCAGAUCACGGGCGUGCGGCGUUCCGACGUGGGCACUUACCGCUGCGUGGCCAGCAACAUCGCCAACACCCGUUACAGCCAGGAAGCCAUGCUGAGCAUUAGCGUCUCAGUGGCCAAGCUCUACAAGGAGCCGGUCAUCCUCUCCGGCCCUCAGAACCUGACCAUCACGGUGCACCAGACAGCCAUCUUGGAAUGCAUCGCUACUGGGAACCCUCGGCCGAUCGUAUCUUGGAGUCGCCUAGACGGACGUUCCAUCGGCGUCGAAGGGAUUCAGGUCCUGGGAACUGGGAACCUCAUGAUCUCAGACGUGUCCGUGAAGCACGCCGGAAUUUACGUCUGCGCCGCCAACCGGCCUGGCACCAGGGUCCGCCGUACGGCACAGAGCAUCCUCAUGGUUCAAGCCCCGCCGGAGUUUGUGCAAUGGCCCCAAUCCGUCUCCAAGCCCCCCGGCAGCAGCGCCAUUUUCACCUGCGUGGCCCAAGGUGUGCCGGAACCCCACCUGAUCUGGCUGAAGAACGGCAAGGUCCUGGCGCCCGGAGAGAACAUCAAGCUGACACACAACAACAGCACCCUGAUGAUCCAGCGAAUUACCUCAGCGGACGAAGCCAUCUACCAGUGCAUUGCGGAAAACAGCGCAGGGACCAACCAGGCCAGUGCCCGGCUAGCUGUGGCCCUGUCCAAGGAGCUCCCCAGCUCCCCAGAAGGGGUCAAGGCCACUGCCCUCUCCACCACCUCCAUCCAGGUGUCUUGGCUAGAGCCCCCCAUGGAAGUGACAGAGGCCAUAAUCGGUUACGUGCUGCACAUCCGCAAGGCGGGAGAGUCCGACAGCCGGGAGCUCCAGGAGGCCGUCAGCAAGACCACCUUCCAGCACGUCUUCACCAACCUGGAGCCCUCAACAACCUACUCUAUCUACCUGAAGGCUUACUCACCCCUGGGCGCCAGCCAGGAUUCCCAGCCCAUCCUGGCCACCACUCUGGGCAGCAUCCCCGCAGCACUGGGCUUUUUCACCAAGAUCCUCAACGACAGUGCCGUCCACGUCUUUUGGGAGCUGCCUGCCAAGCCGGGCCGAAUCGAAGGCUUCAAGCUCUACCUCCGAAAGCUGCCCAGCGCCCACUAUGAGGGCCCUGAGCUCUUAUCCGGCAUGGCCAACUCUUUCACGUUCAGCAACUUGGAACCAUAUGCCAUGUACGAGAUCAAACUCCAGGCCUUCAACGGGAAUGGCGAUGGGAACAGCAGUGUGCGGUUUGUCUCCCUCAAGGAGAACUCUGAGAGGCUGGAUGCCAACUCAGUGUGCCAGUGUGGGCAGGAUGGGGAGAGCUCCCUCGCUGGCAUUGUGGUUGGCGUCCACAUUGGCAUGGCGUGCAUUAUAUUCUGUGUCCUCUUCCUUAUGUUCGGCUACCGGAAGAGGUGA